CUUUUGAGGAGGUAGAUGUUGCCUGUUGUGUUUUCCAGCAGGCUGAGCUCCUGUGCUAGAUGAUCCCUGAUCUCUCCUGCUUUUCUCAUUUCAGGUUCCCACCACAUUCUCACCGGACUCUGCCAUGGGCCCUCCCCAGCUCAGCCUCAGCAUGCUGGUAUAGCAGCAGCUGGCUGCAUCCAGAGGAGCUGUGGUGGGACAUCCCUUCCCACUGGGGCAUCCUCCCUCUCCCCUGUCUGGGCAGGAGCCAUGGAUGCCCACGUGGACCUGCUGACCGAGCUGCAGCUGCUGGACAAGGUGCCCACGCUGGAGAGGCUGCGGGCAGCCCAGAAACGGAGGGCUCAGCAGCUGAAGAAAUGGGCCCAGUAUGAGAAGGAGAUGCAGCACAAGAAGAGGAAGCAUGAAAAGAAGAGAAAUGCUGUGAACAGAAAGAAGGUGUCUUUUGAAGCCAGCGUUGCUCUGCUGGAGGCUUCUCUGAGGAACGACGUGGAGGAAGUGUGUUACCUGCUGAAGAGCAACAUCAGCCCGGACCUGUGCAAUGAGGAUGGACUGACUGCGCUGCACCAGUGCUGCAUAGACAACUAUGAGGAUAUAGUCAAGCUCCUCCUCAACCAUGGAGCCAAUGUCAAUGCCAAGGACAAUGAGCUCUGGACUCCUCUGCAUGCAGCAGCCACGUGUGGUCACAUCAACCUGGUGAAGAUCCUCAUCCAGCAUGGAGCAGACCUGUUGGCAGUCAAUGCAGAUGGCAACAUGCCAUAUGACCUCUGUGAAGAUGAGCCAACCCUGGAUGUCAUUGAGACUUGCAUGGCCUAUCAGGGGAUUACCCAGGAAAGGAUCAAUGAGAUGCGAGCUGCUCCAGAGCAGGUCAUGAUCUGUGACAUUCAUGACAUACUUGCCACUGGACAAGACCUGAACAGGACUGAUGCCCAAGGUGCUACACUGCUGCAUAUAGCUGCAGCCAAUGGUUAUCUGCAUGCAGCUGAAGUGCUUCUUGACCAGGGGGCAAGCCUGGAUGUUAAGGACUGGGAUGGCUGGGAACCUCUGCAUGCUGCUGCUUUCUGGGGACAGAUGCAGAUGGCUGAAUUGCUUGUGUCCCAUGGGGCUAGUUUGAGUGCCAGGACAUCUUUGGAUGAGAUGCCAAUAGAUCUGUGUGAAGAGGAGGAAUUCAAAGUGCUGCUUCUGGAGCUGAAACACAAACACGAUGUGAUCAUGAAGUCUCAGAUGAGGCACAAAUCCUCGCUGAGCCGCAGGACCUCCAGCACGGGCAGCCGGGGGAAGGUGGUGAGGAGGGCCAGCCUUUCGGACCGGACAAACCUUUACAGGAAGGAGUGCGAGAAGGAGGCCAUGGUGUGGCAGCAGCUGGGGGCAGCAGAAGAAGGGAGAAGCUCGGGUCUCAUUGGAGAAAUUGGGGAGACUCGAUCUGACCAGGAGAAUACAGACCCUAAUUCAGUGCUGGAGAACUCCUCCCUGCUCCCGGAGCUAGCGAACAAAAGCACGCAGUGCGACACCGAGGUGCCGCUGCAGAACGGACUGAUGGCCUCGGCCAGCCCCUACCAGUACAGCUUUUCCAACGGGGACGUCUGGAGCCUGCACGCUGCCCCCGACAGCAGCCCCGGGCCCGUGCUGCCCUACAGCAGCCCCGGGCUGCCCGAGGCCGCGCCCUUCUGGGGCGCCUACAAGGAGCACAACCACCAAACGCUGGCGGAACUGAAGCGGCAGCGAGCUGCAGCCAAGCUCCUGCAGCACCCCUUCCUCAGCACCCACUUCAGCACCGGCAUGGCAGCAGUGGCUGAGAGCGUGGGCGAGGCCAAGUCGCACUUAAUCGAAUCCAGGACUUCUCCCUACAGCUCCAAUGGGACCUCAGUGUAUUACACAGUGUCCAGUGGUGAUCCACCCCUCUUGAAAUUCAAAGCUCCCAUGGAGGAAAUGGAAGAGAAGGUGCACGGGUGCUGCAGGAUUUCCUAGUCUGCUCUGUGUCUCACCCCAGAGGAAACGAGACGUGGGUGGGCUGUUGGAUUGAUCACAGUGGCCAGGUUGUUUGUAUUCCAAAGGGAGAAUUUGGUUAUGGACAUCCUGACUGUGGCAGCCUUGUUCAUCUCAAAUUGUACUUUACCCUGCCAAUUACUUCCAGUGCAGCUGGAUGAGUAAUGCAGGUGGAGCAAGGCUCUUAGGAGAGGAAGGGAUGCGCAUCAACACGAUGUCAAAAGAGUCUCCUUAGUCUUGCUCCCCGGGGAAGAAGGUAUGGUGUGCUGCCUCCCCAUCCUUGGGAAGUCAUGAGAUGCCUUGGAACAAAGAAAGGAUCUGAAUUCAAAUCUUUGUGUCUGAGCCUCUUGCUGUAAGUCACCGAGCAGCUGGAAGGUGACAGUUCAGACCUGUGUUUUCACUCUUAGGUGAUGCACACAUCCUGGAGGGGAGGUCAGCCCCUGCGGGAGGUUUGCACGAGUGGACAGAGCUGUUUUCCACACAGCUGGAUCCAGCACUUCCUGGCCUGGAGCAACAAGCAAGCAGAGGUGCUGCACUUAGGAAGUUUGCAAGGUGUUACCUCCUUGCAGUGACAGCUCACCAUCACAAACUGUGCACUGGCUGGGUCCUGUUCUGCUCGUGUCAUCUCGUCACUGCAGACUGCCAUCAGGUUUGAAGCAGAACUUUUCCUGGAACAGGCUUCACUCAAUAGGCUUUAAAAGUGAUGUUGCAAUAAAGGGGCCCUGGCAAUAGAAUUUUACUGCAAUAAAAUACUGACAAAGGUCUAUAUUGGGAUAAGUAAUUUAAAAAAACUUAUUUGUACUAUUUAGACUCUUAAUUUGUUAAAACUGAAAAGACUUUUGUUGAUCUCACUUUCCUACUGAUUCUGUUUGUUUACUCUGUAUGCUCAACACAGAUACUAGGGGCAAUAUGCUUUGUGUUCUGAUUUUUUCUGGAUUUCCAGAACCACAGGGCUCAGGAGAGAUGGGAAGGAAAGGCUUGCCAACACUAACUAGGAACACCAUGAAAGCAUUUCUAAUCCCAUAGAUGUGACGACACUUGCAUUAACCUGCAGUCUUUGGCUGAGAAAUAACUUUAACCAUAGCUGUGGUAGUUGAACACCGCAGCAGGACAGGAGAUGUUUUGUUCUGUUUUCCAGAAGCUGUCAGCAGUGGGUAGCAGCUGGCAGAGGAAUGGUAAAAUGCCUGUGUCUGUGGGAGUUGCCUGACACCAUCAGAACUUAACAAAGCCUCUCUGCUGAGGAGCAGCUGCAGCUCCAGCACUGUCUUGGUGUAGUUCAUGUGAGCUCUGACAGCCCACCUGGCAAACACUGGCACGGGGUAACCUGGGCCUUUGGCACUGACUUUGCAGCAAGUUCAGGCUUUGUGUACCUGGGGAGGUGAAAGGAGUGUGGGACAGCUCUGAGGAACUGGCCACACUUCAGUUGCAUCUGAGAAGUAACAGUAAACUUUAACUCCUCUGCACAGAGGGGCUGUCACACAUGUAACUGUUUGCCUGCAUGAGUAUGUGUCUUCUUGGGCAGCUUAAAUUCCAAACUCUGAAAACAUAAACCUGUUUGGGUCUCUGUAAGCCAUCAGUGGAUUAAAUCCAGCUCAUGUAGUUGUGCUUCAGCCAAGCUACAGCAAAUGCAGCUUCCACCCAUUUUCCUUUUACCUGGCACCUGUUAGACAUCAGUAUUCCCUUCUCAUGUACUCUUCCUCUGUGGGGAUCCUCACAGCCUUAACUUUUUUCUAGGCUAUAAAAAGUUGACUGAGGCUGCCAGUGACUGUUAAGUGCUACCCUCUGCCACCCAUCAAAUCCACCUCUUUCUGGGGCUGGAUACCUUCCCAUACAGGGCUGACAAUUUAAUGGUUUGAUUCUCUUUCCUCACCAAUUUUAGGUGCAGUUGAUCUGGUUCACUUAAAACCCCAGUUCUGCUAAAGGCAGAGUUUGAUGCAUUCAGAGAAGUUGGCCUCCCUCCAUUGUUGAAACAUGUGCUAGUUAUAGGGCUGGAAAAUACUUCUUGUGCUUGACCUUAAGGGAUUUUUAAAGUCAUUCUCUAGUAGUAAGAGGAUGGUUUGGUAACUGGAAAGACUUUACUGCAUCUGUGUGUGGUUAAGAGUAGAUCUUCUGAUUACCUUAAAUAAAUUAUUCUGGGAUAACACCAAGUGUGGCCUGGCUGUUACAGAACAGGGGAGAUGAUCUUUCAGGUGCCUCUCUUCUCCCAUGGUGGUGAGGUUUGUCUCUUCACAUCCACCCUAAUGAGUUUUCUGAACUCACUCUAACAAAUUUUGGUGCCGCUAUCCACUAGGUUAUAUAUGGUGCAAAAUUUGGGCCCAGAUGUUGCCUUCCCUCCUAGCAAAGGAGGAGUAGGGCCCUUUUCCUUCUCAGAGAAACUUUGUGCUAGCAAGUGUAUUGAUCUCUGCCUAAUUCCAAGGAAAUGAAAGGAAGAUCACUGAAGGCAAUAGUGUAAAGUAGUUUGAGGCUUGCUUUCACUGAGAGCUGUUAAUACAUCAAAACUGCAGGAAACCAGUCCAUUUCAGACAAACAGCUUUUUGGCUUCCAUUGGUAUUUCACAUAAGUAAAACUCCGGGAAUUCAUCAUCCUAGCUGUGAAGUUUAGUGGUGUCUGAUCAAAUGUAAUCCAUUCUUAAUCAGACA